AUGAACAUUCAAUUCUCUGCCAACAACUCUGGUGAACACAAUGGUAGGACCCCGCCACUAGAGGACUCGCCACUAGAGGACUCGCCACUAGAGGACCCGCCACUAGAGGACCCGCCACUAGAGGACCCGCCACUAGAGGACCCGCCACUAGAGGACCCUCCACUAGAGGACCCUCCACUAGAGGACUCGCCACUAGAGGACCCGCCACUAGAGGACCCUCCACUAGAGGACCCUCCACUAGAGGACCCUCCACUAGAGGACCCGCCACUAGAGGACCCUCCACUAGAGGACCCGCCACUAGAGGACUCGCCACUAGAGGACUCGCCACUAGAGGACCCUCCACUAGAGGACUCGCCACUAGAGGACCAGCCACUAGAGGACUCUCCACUAGAGGACCCUCCACUAGAGGACCCUCCACUAGAGGACCCUCCACUAGAGGACUCGCCACUAGAGGACUCGCCACUAGAGGACUCUCCACUAGAGGACUCUCCACUAGAGGACCCUCCACUAGAGGACCCGCCACUAGAGGACUCGCCACUAGAGGACUCUCCACUAGAGGACCCUCCACUAGAGGACCCUCCACUAGAGGACUCGCCACUAGAGGACUCGCCACUAGAGGACUCGCCACUAGAGGACCCUCCACUAGAGGACCCUCCACUAGAGGACUCUCCACUAGAGGACCCUCCACUAGAGGACCCUCCACUAGAGGACUCGCCACUAGAGGACUCUCCACUAGAGGACCCUCCACUAGAGGACUCGCCACUAGAGGACUCUCCACUAGAGGACUCGCCACUAGAGGACCAGCCACUAGAGGACCAGCCACUAGAGGACUCUCCACUAGAGGACUGUCCACUAGAGGACCCUCCACUAGAGGACCCUCCACUAGAGGACUCGCCACUAGAGGACUCGCCACUAGAGGACUCUCCACUAGAGGACCCUCCACUAGAGGACUCGCCACUAGAGGACUCGCCACUAGAGGACUCAGGCUGA